GUGUGUCUCCUACACUACAUCUCCAUAGCCGGGCAUCGCGUCACAUGUCAGGGUUCCCGAGUCAGAGCAAGUUUUUUUCUCUCUCUCUCUCUCUUUCUCUCGCCCCAUUUCAGAUCCUCCACGGCGCUUGAGCAGAGCAGCCCACGCAGUCUGCGCGCGUCUCCGCUCCACGCUGCGCCAACACACCCAAGAGAGGAUGGACGCACGGAUGGAGGGAUGCGCAUAGAUGUUCCACAUGAAGACCGCUACAAGUGAUUCUUUUUGGGCUGGCUUUGUGACUUUUUAACCACUGUGAGAUGAGCUUCCAUCUCCCAGCAGAACCAGAAGCAGGACACUAGUGGACUGAGAGGGCAGCAGAACCACAGCACCGGGUUGCUGGGGGAAGGCUGGGCGCGCUGGAAACAAGCAAAGUCGCGGAUCAUGCUUAUGGGAACUUCCUAUUCCGUCUCCUUAAGCGUCUUCCUCUCGCAUCUUUGCAACCCCUCCCACUUUCCACCUCUCCCUAACCUCUCUCUCUCCGUCUGACCUCCCCUCAGAGUGGCUCGGCCUGAUGCUCUAUCAUGACUGAUGGCGAGGGGAGAGCGCACUUUCAGUAUGCAGAUAGCCCGGAGGGGCAGGAGCAGGAAGAGGUCCUGGAGGAGGUGAGGCUGGCUAUACUCAAGUCCUACCAGAACGACUCCCCGGGCCUCGAUGUAGACCCAGGAGGUGAUGAGGAGCACAUGGAGCGCAUGGGUAGUAGUAGGAGAAGGAGGAAGUGGAAUGGUGAAAGGGGGGAGGAUGAAGUUCAGCAGGAGCAGGAAGUGCAGGAAGCCGAGCUGGAAGUGGAUAUUGGACCAACACUGGGAGUUCGCAUUGUGGCUCCCAUACGUGAUCCAGACUGUGUCUCUGAGGAGUCGGAGCAGCAGCCGUACCCGGCCCUGGCCCCCAUGGCCUUCUUCUGCUUAAAGCAAACCACACGGCCUCGCAACUGGUGUCUUCGUAUAGUUUGUAACCCGUGGUUCGAGCAUGUGUCCAUGCUGGUGAUCCUCCUCAACUGCGUCACCCUGGGGAUGUUCCAGCCAUGUGAGGAUGUCAACUGCCUGUCGGAGUGGUGUCGCAUACUCCAGGUUUUGGAUGACUGUAUAUUUGCUUUCUUUGCGGUGGAAAUGAUUAUCAAGAUGGUGGCCCUGGGGAUUUUUGGCAGCAACUGUUACCUUGGCGACAAGUGGAACCAGCUGGACUUUGUCAUCGUCAUGGCGGGGGUGUUGGAGUACUCUCUGGAUGGACAGAAUGCCAGUUUCUCAGCCAUCCGUACUGUCCGAGUUCUCAGGCCUCUGCGGGCCAUCAACAGAGUACCAAGUAUGAGGAUUUUGGUGACACUCCUACUGGACACCCUUCCUAUGCUGGGAAAUGUCCUCCUCCUCUGCUUCUUUGUCUUUUUCAUCUUCGGGAUUGUGGGAGUCCAGCUGUGGGCGGGGCUACUGAGAAACCGUUGCUUUCUAGGAGAGGACAUCAGAAAAAUAUACAACUUGUCCAUCAGUCCUUACUACAUGUCGGAGGACGGAGAAGACAGCCCGUUCAUCUGCUCGGCAGCUCGUGAGAACGGGAUGUUGCGAUGUAAUGAUGUUCCGCCCUACACUGAGGCCAAGACCGAGUGCUUGUUGCCAGCACCUCAGCAAAGUUCAGCUCUUGCCGGAGCAUCCCCUGCGGUGGGAGGGGCCAGUGUAAAUGGAUGUGUUAAUUGGAACCAGUAUUACAGUGAGUGUCGCCCUGGGGAGCUCAACCCUCACAAAGGAGCUGUCAACUUUGACAACAUUGGAUAUGCUUGGAUUGCUAUUUUCCAGGUCAUCACACUGGAAGGAUGGGUGGAUAUCAUGUACUAUGUCAUGGAUGCUCAUUCAUUCUACAAUUUUAUAUAUUUUAUACUGCUCAUUAUUGUGGGCUCUUUCUUCAUGAUCAACUUGUGCCUGGUGGUCAUCGCCACUCAGUUCUCAGAGACGAAGCAACGUGAGAACGCUCUAAUGAGGGAGCAGCGUGCCCGCUACAUGUCCAAUGAUUCCACACUUGCCAGUUACAGUGAACCGGGCUCGUGCUAUGAGGAGAUGCUGCGCUACAUCAGUCACCUUUACCGCAAGUUCACGCGCAGGCUGCAGAGGAUAUACUCCGGAUGGCACAGUAAACGACGUAAAAAGGUGAAUCCUAAUGGCAGUGGUGCAGGCAGUAAUGGUGGAGGUAAUGGACAUGGCCAUGGCUCGAGCAGAGGCCCAGGUAGCGCUUUAUGGUUGAGACCAAUCCACAACCUCUUACAACAUCAUCAGCACCACCACUGUAAACUCACCAAUGGGGGCCAGCACACGAUCAACGUGACAAGCACAGAGCACUUGGAUGGAGAAGCAGGUGUCGGAGGAGGGGUGGAACUGGAGAUGAAGUCGCUUCCGGUCGGUAAAAGAAGUACCAAUGGGAGUAGCGGAAGUCAGUCAGCUGUUACCCAAGGCAUGGGGGCCUUGCUAAGGAGACUUAAUGGAGGGAUGAACUACCCGACCAUCCUGCCGUCAUUUGUGUGCAGCUACAGCAGUAAGACGCCGCCACCUCACUCUCAGCGGGGUAGUAACAGUCCAGAUCAGCACCCGCCAAACCACCCUACGUCGGAACACACGGACAAAUUGAACAAGCUGUACCAGCUCGUAGGACAACACAGUCACCAGAGUGUGCUGUACCAGCUGGCAGGCAUGGUGCCCAGUCCUCUGCUCCUGGAACUGCUGAGCUGCCCUCUCUGUGCUCGCAGUCUGGAGACCUUGGAGCUGGAGUUGGGAGAUCUGGAGGGUGGCAAGGGAGAGGCAGAUGGACUUCAUGACUUCCCCCAGGGGGGAGAUCUGAGAUGUGGGAGAGGUCGUGGCAGACGGCGAGGGGCUGUGGAGUAUAAGAACGGGGCACUUCAAGCAUGGAUGAACUUUAGGGAAAAACUGAAGAGGAUAGUGGAGAGUAAAUACUUCAACAGAGGGAUCAUGAUCGCCAUCCUCGUCAACACUCUCAGCAUGGGGAUAGAAUACCAUGAGCAGCCAGAGGAGUUGACGGAUGCGCUCGAGAUCAGCAACAUCGUCUUCACCAGUAUGUUUGUUUUGGAGAUGGGCUUCAUGCUGCUGGCUUUUGGCCUGUUUGGAUACAUCAAGAACCCAUACAAUAUCUUUGACAGCAUCAUUGUUAUAAUAAGUGUGUGGGAGAUCAUCGGUCAAGCUGAUGGCGGGUUGUCCGUCCUGCGUACGUUCCGUCUUCUUCGGGUUCUGAAGUUGGUUCGCUUCCUUCCCGCACUGCGGAGACAACUUGUCGUACUGAUGAAGACGAUGGACAAUGUAGCUACCUUUUGCAUGCUUCUGAUGCUUUUCAUCUUCACGUUCAGCAUACUGGGUAUGCAUUUGUUUGGUUGUAAAUUCAGUAUUCAGACGGAUAAUGGAGACACCAUUUCUGACCGCAAGAACUUUGACACACUCCUUUGGGCCAUUGUCACCGUAUUUCAGAUUCUAACCCAGGAGGACUGGAAUGUGGUACUGUACAACGGCAUGGCUUCCACAUCCCCAUGGGCGGCCCUCUACUUUGUCGCCCUGAUGACGUUUGGAAACUACGUACUUUUCAACUUACUGGUGGCCAUCUUGGUCGAGGGCUUCCAGGCUGAGGGUGACGCAAAUCGUUCUGAGUCAGACGAUGAGAAGAAGUCGGACAACUUUGAGGAGGACGACAAGGUAGAACAGCUCAGAGACACUGAGCUAAAGAUGUAUACCCUGAUGAUGACGGCCAACGGUCAUGUCGACCCACGUGGAUCCAUGGCUCCUCCCAUAAUCAUGCGAACGGCAGCCACGCCCAUGCCCACCCCUAAGAGCUCUCUGGACCCAGAAUCCUACCUGGGGGAGGAGGAGGUCAUGGCCAGAGAGGGAGUGCUGCAAGAUGGAGAUGUUGGGCUUUGCGAAGCAGGGACCGUCUAUGUGGAGUCUCGUCGUGGAAGCUCCACAUCCAUGGAUGCCUUAGCAUGUGACCAGCGAUCUCUGACCCAUUCCAGUCCCGGCCGCCGUUCCCCUCUCCCUCCCCGUGGAUCCAGCUCAUGGGGAAGUCGUCGCUCCAGCUGGAAUAGUCUGGGAAGAGCACCGAGCCUCAAAAGGCGAGACACCUCCGGAGAAAGGGAGAGCCUGCUGUCUGGGGAGAGAGGAGAGGAGGAAGAUGGUGUGGACGACAGAGGGGACGCCGGGGUUUAUGACAACAGACUACGGCCGGGCUCCUUGGAGCUGCUGCAAGCAUCAACUCUCUGCCCUUCCAUCAUCGCCCAACAUGGUGACUGUAAUGGAAGGAGCUUGACCUACGAGUCCAACGUGAACGCUGACUCGAAGGAUGAUUCCUUAACCGAAGAUGACAUGGAUGACGACAGUUCUCUAUGCUACAUGAUCAAGAAGGAGCUCUGUAACAUGAAGCCUCGCUGGUGCAAAGAACAUGAAGACUGGACGUUGUACUUGUUCUCGCCAGAGAACCCAUUCCGCGUGUGGUGCCAGAGUGUGAGCUCUCACAAAAUGUUCGACCAUGUGGUUUUGGUUUUCAUCUUCCUCAACUGUAUCACUAUUGCUCUGGAAAGACCUAAUAUACAGCCCAACAGCACGGAGCGAGUAUUUCUUCGAGUGUCCAACUAUGUUUUCACUGUGAUCUUCCUAGCAGAGAUGGCCAUAAAGGUGGUUGCACUUGGGUUCUGCUUCGGGAAGCAGAGCUAUCUCCAGUCCAGCUGGAAUGUUCUGGAUGGUGUGUUGGUGUUUGUGUCUCUGGUGGACAUUCUUGUCUCUCUGGCUUAUUCCGGUGGCAACCGGAUUCUAGGCAUCCUCAGAGUCUUGCGACUGCUACGCACGCUGCGCCCGCUCAGGGUGAUCAGUCGAGCGCCUGGAUUAAAAUUAGUGGUGGAGACUCUCAUCACUUCCCUUCGACCCAUCGGCAACAUUGUCCUCAUCUGCUGCGCUUUCUUCAUUGUGUUUGGUAUCUUGGGAGUGCAGCUAUUCAAAGGGAAAUUCUACCACUGUGAAGGUCUGGACACCAAAAACGUCACCAACAAGUCAGACUGUCUGCAAGCCAACUACAGUUGGAUACGAAGGAAGUACAACUUUGACAACCUCAUUCAGGCACUGAUGUCUUUGUUUGUGCUGUCCUGCAAGGAUGGAUGGGUAAAUAUUAUGUAUGAUGGCCUGGAUGCAGUGGGAGUGGACCAACAGCCUGUGAGGAACCACAACCCUUGGAUGUUGCUCUACUUCAUCUCCUUCCUGCUCAUCGUCAGCUUCUUUGUCCUCAACAUGUUUGUCGGCGUCGUGGUGGAGAAUUUCCACAAGUGCCGACAGGACCAGGAGGAGGAGGAGGCUCGUUUGCGGGAGGAGAAGAGGCUCAAAAUCAUAGAAAAAAAGCGCAGGAGUAAGGCCAAUGGAGGGGCUGAGGCCAAACAGAGGCCCUACUAUGCUGAUUACUCUGCCCCACGUCUGACCAUCCACACACUGUGCACAAGUCACUACCUGGACCUCUUCAUCACCUUCAUCAUCUGCAUCAACGUGUUCACCAUGAGCAUUGAACACUACAAUCAGCCGCAGUAUUUGGAGGAGGUUCUGAAGUACUGUAACUACGUGUUUACCUUCAUCUUCGUCAUCGAGGCCCUGCUUAAACUUGUGGCUUUCGGGAUACAGCGGUUCUUCAAAGACAGGUGGAACCAGCUGGAUAUAGCUAUCGUGGCGUUGUCCAUCAUGGGCAUCAUUCUGGAGGAGCUGAAAAUGAGUGCAGCUCUUCCCAUAAAUCCCACCAUCAUCCGAAUUAUGAGAGUGCUCAGGAUUGCAAGAGUACUGAAACUCCUGAAGAUGGCCACAGGCAUGAGAUCUCUGCUGGACACCGUCAUGCAAGCGCUGCCACAGGUGGGAAAUCUUGGUCUCCUCUUCAUGCUGCUCUUCUUCAUCUACGCCGCACUGGGAGUGGAGCUCUUUGGCAAGCUCGAGUGUAAUGACAACAACCCCUGUGAGGGCCUGAGUCGUCACGCUACCUUUGAAAAUUUCGGGAUGGCCUUCCUCACACUGUUUCGAGUGUCCACUGGAGACAACUGGAAUGGGAUUAUGAAAGACACACUGCGAGAGUGUCAUCCAGAGGACCGCCACUGUUUCUCCUACCUGCCUUGGGUCUCUCCUAUUUACUUUGUCACCUUUGUGCUCAUGGCCCAGUUUGUACUGGUUAAUGUGGUGGUGGCCGUGCUGAUGAAACAUCUAGAAGAAAGCAACAAGGAGGCUAAAGAGGAUGCGGAAAUGGAUGCAGAAAUUGCCAUGGAAAUGGCUAUGGAGAAGCAACGUAGAUUGAGCACCACUUCCAGCAACAGCUCCGAGGCGGGGACCUUUGUUGGGCCAUGUCCACAAUCACCUGUCCAGGAGGAAAGGGUGCGGUGCAGUGAGGAGGAUGACCAGCAGGCAUCUGAGAAGAUGUCUGUAUCCAGGAUGCACUCUCUGCCCAAUGACAGCUACAUGUUCCGACCUGUGCGGCCCGCCAGUGCUCCUUACCCUCUGGAGGAAGUGGAUGUUAGUGCUCACGACCAGCAUUCAGGCUCGCUGACAUCAGUCCGCUCCCAGCCGUGUGAGAGUCGUGCUCUGCUGCAGGUCCCCGACGUUUCCCCCGUUCACCCGCAGCUUCUUCCUUCCGUCAACAUGCCCCGCAUUGCCCCGCCCACACCCGGCCCCUCUCCUCGGGCCCUGCGUAGACAGGUGGCUGUUAAAGUGGAUUCUGUGGAAGUCCAGAGUUGUGAGCAACACGAGAGGCCUGUUCACCUGCCACCGCCAUCCCCUUCCUCACUUCCUCCUCUUAAUUCCUCGCCUUCUUCCCUGCCUCUUCCCUCUCCCGCCUCCCCCUCAGCUCGCUCCCUCCCACCCUGCUCCCCUUGUCCGUUUCCACUCCCUUCCCUUUCUCCUUCUCCUCUCCCUGCUUUACACUCCUCCCCCGCUUCCCUCCCGCCUCCGUCAUCCUCCCCCUCGCUGCUCCUCCCGCCACCUCGCUCCCCACGCCACCUCUUGCGCACCGGCAGCCUCCACAGGCCGAGACCACCCUCCUCUGCCUCCCUCUUUGACCCAACAGACGAGGAGGUGUGUCACAUCACCAGCCUGGCCCGCCAGAGACAGCGUGCCGAAGCGAAAGACAGAGAGGACACCAGAGGAAAGGCGGUUCGUAGCCACUCCCUUUCCCCUUAUGCUGACUCCACCUCUUCGCCUCCUCCCCCUAUAUCACCCAGGUCCUCCUCAAGGAGCCUGCUCGGGGCAGAGCUGAAGGACCGGGACUUUAGGAAGGGCUUUAGCGUUGGUACCCAGCACAAGCUGUCAUUGUUGUCUGCUGGUUACUCUGACGAGCAUCGGCGCCACUCCAUUGAGGUGUGCCUCCCGCAAGAUGGCAGCACCAGUGAUGACCCACACUUCAAAGUCGAUCUCCACAAAGAGAAGGGCAGUUUCCCUAUGAGGGUGCAGUCAGUUGGAGGUGGACACCGAAAGAAGAAGACAAGCCCUCCCUGCAUAUCCAUCCACCCCCCUUCAGAGAGGGAGCACCCACCCUCGCCCCCUAAACUGGCUGACUGCAGCAUGAUGCUGAGACGGAGGACGCCAUCUUAUGACUUAAGUGCACACACACAGGAGAGCUUUGCGGACACACACACGCACUCGCCAGUGCACAGAGUGCUCGUACCGCUGCAAACCCACUCGCUGACACCCUCUCCGACAUCCACACCCACACACACACACACUCCUCCAUACCCAUCAACACCCACGCACCCACCCAUCCCAAUCAGCCCAAAUAUCUUCAUCCAGCCACACGCGCCUCUCCUCCCCGCGCCUUUCUCGCAGACGCGCCCCCUCUCACCAGCCGCGAGGCACGCCUCUCUCACAAGGGAAUGCAUCCCCCUCCCCCAGUUCACCUUUGACCAACCACAGUCCAGAUACCUAUCAGACAAUGAUUCCGCAACGUGCGCUUCUCCGUUUGACAGCAGACUGGGAAGCGGUGCUGGAUUCAGCGCAAAGAACCGGAGAACCGCCCAGUGAACAUCAGGAACAGGAAGUGAAUUCAGUGGUCCCAAAAUCACCCAGACCGGAGUUGAUGCUGAACUCAGGAGUGUUGAGUUUUCUGGUAGACGGCUUCUUUUGCUUUUAUGAAGUUUGAGGAUCGCUGACCCCAGACAAACAGACAUUGGUACCAUCCAAGCCCACAACCACAGUGGAUCCGUUGUCUGAAUCCAAAUCCGCUGAGGCGGCACCAAACAGUUUCCAACGUCCACGCUGUGUGUUUGGGACUCACCAGGACUAAAGCCACCUAACUCUGUAGCCAAAGUUUUUUUGACACACCGUCUGCACCCACGCAAGCCAAUCAGGAAGCAGCGUCUGGCUGACAACCUCUGACCUUUCCAGGAAGUGGUGAAUGAAGUGCAAGCGUGGGGCGGGAUUGUGGGAUAUGCAACUUCAGGUUUUCUACAGAAGUUCUGCUUACCCCCUCCUCUGCUCCUUGAUCACAUUGAUCCGAGCAGGUUUGCGUGCGUGCGUGAACGAGUGAGCGUUUCUACGUUUUCCUACGUCUACUGUUGUUGUCUGUCGCUGUGGAAGUCGGACGUGUUUUUCUUACACCUGCAGUGACAGCGAGGGGGAGCAGGACGGAGCUGUAGUGUAUGUUUCUCUGUGUGUCUGUGCAGUGUAAAUAAAGGAAAAUACUUUAUUUGGUGAGAUUAAAAUAGCUCUAUCCAUAUGCACAUAUUUUUAUAGAGAUCUAAAAAAUGUUUUUUGCACACAGAUUUCAAUUUCACCUUGUUUUUCCUCGGUUGUCCUCUUGUGAAUGUACAUUUCCUUUCAAAACCCAGAGAGGCAGAGGAGUGACGGAGAUCAGCUCUCCUCACACACGGAGCAGAGGAUUGGAUUUUAUUUUUCUAUUUUAAAGAAGAAAGAAACUGAUGUGUGUGAUGUGUCACUGUAGUUUUGUCUCAAACUAUGUAUUUGGUGUCUUGAUUACACUACACAGCAGUGGGCUCAGCGAUGCAAACCAAAUGAUCGUGUUCGAUUGUAUUAGGACGCCAAGGACUUGAAUGCAGAGUCCAUGUUCUCCACUAAUACGGCGGAACCUCUAAAGUGGAAAACAAAACGCUCUGGGAUGCUUAUCAAGCUCCGAUUUCCCCACAGGAAGUAAAUAAAUAGAAAUAGAAAUAAUCAGCUCUCACCAACAAAAAACGUUAAUAACUCAUUCACCCCCUUCAGUAGCGGCCAUUUUAGACGAUUUUGACCGAUUUUUCAAGGCACAAUAUUGUGUUCUAUGGCUAUAUAAACAUGGAACGUACCAAAAGAAAGAUUAGACUCUCAUCUUUCAUCAGAAAAAAAAGGUUUGUUUCUACCUUUUUCCGUUCUUUAGUAAUCAGCAGUAGAACAUAGGUACGUUUCAGGAAAAUAUCAGUUUCCGACUAAAAAAGGCUUUUUGUGAAAAGACAAAUGUUUUUCUUUUGUGACAGCUCAAAUAUGUAAACAACUAUACCAACAUAAACGACACUAAAAAGGGUUGUUUUCCAUCAAAAUAACAGUUUAUUUACAAAUACAACACCAUGAACUAUUUACUAUUUACAACUGUGUGUGUGCACGCGCGUGUGUGUGCGUGUGCAGGUGUUAGAAUUUCCCUACAAUGCGUUUCCCUACAAUGGGACUAAUAAUUAUUUGAAAACAACAUUUUUAACAAAAGUGAAUGAUUUUCUUACUAAACUGUACUAAACUUCGAUGACAAGUAAAUAGAGUUGACUUUCUAUCGAGUGCACUUUUGGUUCUUCGUUAUUAUCCUCGAACCUUUUGCACAGGUCUCACUAAAAAUAAAACAUGUGCAGUUCAAGUUUCACCCUGCAGCUUGUUUUUAAUUGGCCCUCUGCAUAUUGUAGAAAUAAAAUAAAUGAUUUGUGAUAUUAUUAUAUAUACUGUUUACUAUAUAUUGCACCAAUUGGCUUUGUGAGCUACACCUCAAAGCUAAGAUGUUGUUGUGUUCAGAAAGCUUAGCAUAUAUUGACAUACACUGGAUUCGUUUGAGCAUUUUUCAUGUACAAAAUGUAUCAACGUGACCCCCUGCGUCCUUCGAUCUUUCCUUUAUGUCUGCUUUAGAAGUUCUACCGUAUGUUUUCUCUCAAUGUCUUUCAAGCGCACUCAUUUGGACCACAGACCCUUGCAAAUAUACAAAAUGUUUAUUACGGUUCCUCUCAAAAUAGUUGAGCUCAAAUUUAGAUCCACCACAUUUGGUGAGAUUUCACCUUCCUUUUUUAUUUUUUAUUUUUUUUGCAUAAGCAACAUACUAUAUGCAGGUACUACUGCAUAACAUUCCCUUGUGCGGUAACUAUGUUCUUCGUGACAGGGAAGUCCUAUGUGUGCCGUCCUCGUCCAAGCCUGAGCGUAUGAACAUGACGUGUGUGCAUCACUGAGCCUCUGCUGGAUCAGGUGUGACACCUCUUAAGUGUUUCUGUACAUCUAAAGACAAGCAAACUAGCUUACUUACUAGAUAUGUGUAGCCAGAGUGCAAUAAUAUUACUAUAUACAUGUGGAAAAUAUAGUAUUCCACACUACAACCACACUCCUAUGUUCAUACAUGCUGUAGGAACUAAAACAUAAACAUGUUUUGACGUGAGGAUUGACAUUAUUUGAUAGACUCCUCGCCUCCUGCAUGCAGAGUGGCUGGCAGCAGCGUAACGUACCGUGCAUUUCUCUGAAUGCUCAGACUCAACUACUAAUUGUUUUAUUGGAAGCAGAGAGAGCGACUCAGUUGGACGUUUAUCUUCCAUUUUUUUCAUGUAAUUUUCAUAAAGGCAACAUAUGAGCGUAACGAAGCACCUAUGGCUCUCUCUAGAAUUGGGAUUUUGUAUUCGACAACAGAUGUAUUGUUUGUUUACCUGAAAAAGGCUCACUCACUUGAAAAAGAGACUCAUAGAGCCGCGGUGGUAACAAUCCAAUCCUUGCUUUACUUUUUGGACAAUUCCCUGCGAAACUGGUGUGACAAAAGGUGCUAAAAUUAGCCUGUGGGAGCCCAAAUGUAUGAGAAACGUAAACCACACAUGCUGAACUAUUUGAAAUGUUGUAACAAUGAUACCUCAGGUGUAAGAAACGUUCAUUUCUGAGAUGAGCAGCGCAACGGAGUGUGUCUGCCUAAAGCAGUGCUUCUCAAAUGGUGAUGUGCUGGGAGUGAGUCUAUAUUACAUCCUAUUUUCUAUUAUUAUCUCUACUAUAUUGGGUAAUUUGAGUGUAAAGGUGACUAUAGGGGUGUUAUCCAUGUCUAGAGGGCUCUGAUUGUGUUGAAAACCGGUGUUUGGACGGUCAUAAAUAGGUUUUCUAUGCUUCAACUACGAAAAUAUUCCAUUUGUAAAUAAGGAAUCCUACUUUGCGGAAAUUCACUUAUCACAGUCGGGUCUGGUUAAGGGUGAAAAGGGUGUGGAAGCAUGCAGGACAACUCCACAAGCAUGCAGAACAACCUUAGAGUAGCGGCAGACUAGCUAAGAAAACAGAGAUUUGAACACUUUGACUUCCACGUGUAAUACGUAAACCAGAGAUGCCCAUUUGCGGGUCGCGACUCAUUCUUUUAUUGGCUCGUGGCACAUUGUUGAAUAAAAUAAACUGCAAAAACAGAAAAAUAGAACAAAAGCACACAAACUAAUGAGAAAAAGCUGAAAUGUUGAUGCUAAUUGAUAAUAACACACAAGAUGUCUUUAAAUGUGGAACAUAUGUUUAGCCAAUUUUUAGCCGUGGCCAAGAAUGCCAAUUAUACCAAAAUGUGUGACUCAACCUGCGCAGCAAUCCGCAUAGUUUAUCCUCAUUUUACAACAUCACAAUCCAACUUCGCUAGGUAGAAUCUGGACUGGACGCUGAACAUAACAUUCAAGCAUGUGCAGGUGACUGACUCGGAGUACUGGAAGCGUCAAUAACGACAGCAGAAUAAACUACCGGGCAGAGACACUGAAGAUUUGGCACAUUUUCAUGCGGAUGAUGCGCGCGUCAUCUGUUGUGUCGCUCAUUGCGCCAAUGCACGUUCCUUACAAAUGAUGUAUCGCGUAAAAGGGAAACAUGGUACAGGCUUUCCAUCGGUGUACAGUUCAGCGACAAGAAGCAUGACUACAAGUGAGAAAUAAUCAGUUCCACAUAGUUUGUAUGUUGUUGUUAUUGGCUGGAGGACAUAACAAUUACAAGUUCAGUUAAAAACCACAUUUGUCAUCAUUUCCAGUCCUAAUAAUUAUCUUCCACACUGCUAUCAUGAUACAAAGUGCAGGUUAACGUGUUUGACCUCGACUCCCCUUUACAUUGUGCUUUUUUGAAACAUUGGUUUAUAAAGCGCAUGUGUGUG